AGCUUGGGGUUCCCAUGCUUGUCACAUUCUACCUCAUACCUUCGUUACGAUCAUUUGCGUGCUACUGCGUUUAUCGGCUACUGUGUGACUAAGAUGACGACUAUAUUGAAUUUGCUAAUUUCCAUAUUGAUCAUCAUAGAGUUUUCCAAUUGUGAGGGUAUUCCAUGUACAACACCGACCAAUCUCACCGGAAGGUGCGUCCCAUUAGAAAAGUGCUUCAACCUGUACGCCGUCAAGCAACUGCGCCGGUCGUUGCCAGUCUCACAAGAAAACUACAUCCGCAAUGCAACGUGUAAGCUUGACGAUUCGACCAUGGGAGUUUGCUGUUCCAUCGAAAAAGUCUUCGAAUUGCCGAAAGAGUGUGGCGUGUCAUCAUCGAGCCGAAUUGCCCACGGAAAUAGAACGGAGGUGUUUGAGUUCCCAUUCCAGCAACGAACUAGAGGUAAUUGCGGUGGAUCGUUGAUUAAUGAACGAUACGUCAUUACGGCGGCGCAUUGUCUGACGAAGGUAUCCAGAGACCGCAGCCCGCGCAAACUGGAAUUUGUACGGCUAGGAGAGCACACGAUCAGCACAAAUCCAGAUUGCGUUAACUACACCGAAGCGGGUGGCUAUUUCGAACAGGACUGCGCGGGACCUGUAGAAGAUGUUCGAGUCGAAUCCUACAUGGUACAUUCGGAUUAUAACGGUACCUUUGGCGGUGACGAUAUUGGAUUGGUUCGGCUGGCGGAAAGCAUUGUCUUCAAACCUCACAUCAAACCAAUAUGUCUACCCAUGAGUGUGGACCUGAAGGACACUCUUCUGCCGCAGUACCAAGUUGCGGGUUGGGGUUACACGGAUUCGUUGGAAAAAUCGGACGUCCUCCAGAAAGCGUUGCUACCUCGAGUGGACCAGAAACAAUGCCAAGCACGCUUCGAACCCUACCGGAAGAAGUACAACAUAGCCAUAAGUGAGAAGCACAUUUGUGCUGGGUCCGUUAAUUUGGUCGAUGCCUGCGCGGGUGAUUCCGGUGGACCGUUGAUGUGGCAGGCUGACUACGAGGGUGGCCUUCCACGAUACACACUGUUCGGAGUGGUUUCCUUCGGAGUGCAAACUUGUGGAACGAUGGAUUUGGAGUGGGAGCCUAUCUAGAAUGGAUACUGGACAACAUGGAAGCUUAAAUGUAGUUUUGUUCAAUGGUUUUAGGAUUGCUUGCACUACAAGACUUAAAAUAAACUGAGUAUUAAAAAACUUAGCAAAGCAA